UCAUUUGAAUGUUUAUUGUGGCGUGUUGUCAGCAUUUCUUCACAUUUCGGCUCUCGAUUUAAAUGUGUAUACCCAGCGUUGUCCGGAAGCAGGACGUGUCCCUGUUAAGGCUUGGACAGCUUAGCAGUCCUGCUGCGAACUAACCAGCAGGAGCUAGCUAGCUAACUGCUAGCUUGCUAGCUAAUCUUUUUCUAGCAGCAACAAGAGAGCAGCAGGGGAUUUGUUUUAUCAGUCAAACUGGCAGUUUUCAUCUCCCUAUGCCUGAGGUUUUGGGACCCAAUGUUGCCACAGGAAGAUACAGACAAACUGAGAAAUAGCACUCUGUGAAUGAGUGGCACACAAGCCAGAAAAACAAAAGAUACCAAGAGGAGAGACCCUUAUUCUGCAUCAUUCUUGUGUAACAGAUUGCAACAGAACUCGACGGCCAGACCGUUGCCAUGUCGACCUCAUCGCUACGGCGACAAGUAAAGAACAUCGUCCACAACUAUUCAGAGGCUGAAAUCAAGGUUAGAGAGGCGACAUCCAAUGACCCAUGGGGCCCCAGCAGCUCUCUGAUGUCAGAGAUUGCUGAUCUAACGUACAAUGUUGUGGCCUUCUCGGAAAUCAUGAGCAUGGUGUGGAAGCGCCUCAAUGACCACGGCAAGAACUGGAGACAUGUGUACAAGGCUAUGACUCUUAUGGAGUACCUGAUCAAGACUGGUUCAGAACGUGUUGCCCAACAGUGCCGAGAGAAUAUUUACGCAGUCCAGACCCUCAAGGAUUUUCAGUACAUAGACAGGGACGGCAAAGACCAGGGGGUGAAUGUGCGAGAGAAAGCCAAACAGCUGGUGACACUGCUGAAAGAUGAAGAGAGGCUAAGAGAGGAGAGGAUCCACGCCCUCAAAACCAAAGAGAAGAUGGCACAGACCUCCAGCGGUGAGAUUGCCUCCUCAGCUCCCUCAGCUCCCAGUAUUGGGGGCAGCCUGUCAGCGGGCUCCCACUCCGGAGGUGCAGACCCUGAGCAGGCCUGGCCACAGAGCACUGGAGAGGAAGAUCUGCAGCUCCAGCUGGCCUUAGCCAUGAGUAAAGAAGAGGCAGAGCAGACUAGCAAGGACCCUCUGGAGGACGCAGAGCUCCGCUAUGCAAUCACACUCAGCAAAGAGAUUCAACAAAAGGAAGAGCGACUGCGUAGAGGUGAUGACCUGAGACUGCAGAUGGCCAUCGAGGAGAGCAGGAGGGAGAAAACUAAGCCUGAGGAGGGGGCCCUGAUGGAACUGGGUGCCGUGGACCCCUGGGGGGCCCCAGCUGCUGCCGGCGCCACUGUGGGCUCUGCCGGCCCUUCGCCUCCCCCCACAGUUCCUGCCGCUGCUGCCUCAGGUCCCUGGGGCACAGCCCCCACAGACCCAUGGGGGGUAGCGUCACCCACAUCUCCUACAAGUUCUGACCCCUGGGGUGGGGGAGCCCCACCCACUAUAGCCCCUCCUCCGGACCCCUGGGGAGAGACGUCCAACAGAGUUAACAACGUUGACCCCUGGGGGAGUUCAGCUGUGACCCCCCCCAGUGCCGACCCCUGGGGCCCCCCAGUGACACCCAGCACGUCCUCCUCCGGGGGGCCAGUAGACCCCUGGGCAAGGGACGGGCCUGUCCCUCUCUCUGACCCUAUCACCUCCGACAUCUGGAGUGGCAGCGCCAAACACACAAAUGGCACAGGAGACCCAGAGCGACGAGGGUCCCCAGCAAUAGGCUGUGACAGCACAGGCUCCCCGGUGCCCUUUGACCUGUCAUCUCUUGGUUCUUCACUUCCUGUUCGUAAGACUCCCGAGUCCUUCCUCGGCCCCAACGCAGCGCUGGUGGAUCUGGAUUCCCUGUUGUCGUCUAAACCCAAACCCAAACAGCCGCCGCCUCCUUCUAUCUCUUCCUCUUCAGCGCACAACCCCUUCCUCCAGAACACAGGCUCAUCUCCUGCUCCUGGCAUGGCAGUGACUCCAGGCAGCACCAUUUCCAGUAGGGGGGUUUCUCCAACACCUGCCUCCUCCAACCCUUUCGGCGUGGCUCCACCCAUGACCUCCAUCUCACCUCAGCCCUCAUCACUUGGCCUGAGCAGCCUCCGCUCCAGUCCUGUGCCUCCCAAUCCCAUGCUGGGCAUGAUGCAACCAGGAAUGGGCCUGGGGCCCAUGAGUGUGGGUAUGGGGGCUCCAGGAAUGGGCCUGGGCAUGAUGCAGGCCAGCCCCAUGGGCAUGCCCUACAGCGGGCUCUCGCCAAUGGCGCCCCCAGGCUCGUCUCUGUUGGGGCCUGUAGCCGCAGCACCUCCUCAGCUGAUUUUGGGUGGGCCCACUGGAACAGGAGGAGUGAUGGGGGCAGGAGGAUCAAUGGGAGGCGGAGGAACGACGGGAGCGAGCACCAACCCUUUUCUCCUUUGAGGAAGUGUCACCACUA